AUGGAACAAAGCGGACCGGGCUGCGGCCGACAAGGAAGAAAAUGGAUUUCCUUCGUGUUGGCGUCGACUUUGCUUUUCGGUAUGAAGGCCUCGGGACAGAUAAGAUAUUCUAUAUCGGAAGAGAUCAAAGAAGGAACGGCAGUCGGGAAUAUAGCGAAGGAUUUGGGAAUCGAUCCUAAUAUUUUAAAAGCGAGGGGGUUUCGCAUUGUUUCUGGCUCCACUGAACCGCUUUUCCAGGUAAACCAAAAUGAUGGGAUUCUGUACGUAAAUCGUAAAAUUGACCGGGAGGAAAUAUGCCAGCGGACCAGUGCGUGUCUGAUAAACCUUAAGAGCGUGCUGGAGAACCCGCUGGAGAUCCAUUAUGUUGCAGUGGAGGUGUUAGACGUAAAUGACCACUCGCCCUCUUUCCCGGAGAACAACAAAAGGCUGGAGAUUUCAGAGUCCACUUUACCGGGAACACGGUUUCAGCUGCAUGCAGCACUCGACCCAGACGGCGGAAUGAAUUCAGUUCAACAGUAUAAACUUAGUCAAAAUAAUCAUUUUCGACUGGAAGUGAAAGAUCGAGGGAAAGAUGGCAAAGUGCCUAUUCUACAGUUACAAAGUCCUUUAGACAGGGAAGCAUCCAGCAGCCACAAACUACUGCUUACAGCCGUGGAUGGGGGUAAACCACCGAAAUCUGGGUCUAUGGAGAUAUUAAUAGAUGUUCUAGAUGUGAAUGAUAAUGCUCCCAUUUUUACAAAGGAUGUCUAUUCUGCAGAGAUAAAUGAGAAUUCACCAAUUGGCACAAUAGUUAUUCGAGUAAACACCACUGAUCUAGAUGAAGGUGUAAAUGGAGAAGUUAGUUAUUCAUUUGGAAAUGUAAACAGCAAGGUGCAGGAAAUGUUUGACGUCAACCCAAGCACAGGUGAAAUAACUGUGAAAGGAGAACUAGACUAUGAAGUGGAUGAGAGUUAUGAAAUAGAUAUUCAAGCAUCCGACAGUGGCGCUGUUCCACUUAGAACCGAUAAAAGCAUAACUGUAAAUAUUAGAGACAUAAAUGACAAUGCACCUGCGAUUGAAGUUACGUCACUAUCUAAUGAAAUACCAGAGGAUGCCAGAGUAGGGACGACGGUGGCACUUCUUAGUAUCACCGACCUGGAUUCAGGAGUAAACGGAAAAGUUAUCAGCCUUGUAAACGGCGACACGCCUUUCACAUUAACACCUUCGAUACAGGACAACAUGUACGCUGUUGUGACCAAGUCACAGCUUGACAGGGAAAAGCAGUCGAUCUACGAUGUAACAGUUACCGCAAAAGAUGCAGGUGAACCAGCCUUAACAUCUGAAAAGACAUUCAGAGUUGUUAUAUCCGAUGUAAACGAUAACAGUCCAGAGUUUUUAACGGGCAGAUAUAAUUUCUAUGUCCCCGAGAAUAAUCCUCCAGGACUGUCGGUAUUCUCUUUGAUUGCGUCUGAUCGUGAUUUAGGAGAUAAUGCUUUUAUUUCUUAUCAUAUUCUCAGAGAUGGAAGCAAAUAUAAUAAAGUGACGUCGUUUCUUAAUAUCAACUCAGAGAACGGAGACAUCAUGGCGCUAAAAAGUUUUGACUUUGAAACGGUGAAAACUUUCCAGUUCCACGUUGUUGCGUCAGAUUCUGGAACUCCGUCACUGAGCAGCAACGUCACAGUGAACGUGUUCAUUCUGGAUCAGAACGACAACGCCCCAGUCAUCCUGUAUCCAGUCAGCUCCAACGGUUCUGCUGAAGGUGUGGAGGAGAUUCCUCGCAAUGUGAACGCAGGACACUUGGUGACUAAAGUCAGAGCCUAUGACGCUGAUAUAGGAUAUAACGGCUGGUUACUGUUUUCACUGCAACAAGUUACUGACCACAGUCUCUUUGGUUUGGACCGCUAUACAGGACAGAUCAGAACACUUCGCUCAUUCACAGAGACAGACGAGGCUGAGCACAAGCUGCUCAUACUGGUCAAAGACAAUGGGAACGUGUCACUCUCAGCAACAGCUACUGUCAUCGUCAAAGUCGUGGAGCCCAAAGAAGCUUUUGCAGCUUCUGAUGUGAAAAGCUCAACAAAAGCAGAGGAGGAAAAUAAUGUGACUUUUUACCUGAUGAUAACUGUGGGCUCAGUUUCAGCUCUUUUCCUCGUCAGCAUCAUCGUGCUGAUUUCAAUGCAGUGCUCAAAGUCCACAGACUACACUUCUGAAUAUCUACCAGAGCCUAAUUAUGAUGGGACACUGUGUCACAGCAUCCAGUACAGAUCUGGAGACAAACGCUACAUGUUAGUUGGACCCAGGAUGAGUAUAGGAUCUACUAUAGCCCCAGGAAGCCAUGCCAAUACACUAAUGCUGCCUGACAGGAGGGGGGCAUCUGGAGAGGUAAGACUUUAA